AUGUCACGCGCUCGUAACAACUCUGAAAACAAGGAAACUUCUUUUCCUUACAAAAGUAUUCCUAAUCGAGGGGGUAAAAAUAAUUCGCGAAGUGGCAAAGAUUUAUUACAAGCACCAUCUUUUAUAACUUUUGCCAAAGGUACACCUCCAGGUGUAUUAUUUGAUGGUGUUGACGAACCAGGUCCUGAAAUUGCUGAACGAUUGACUAAGCUACCUUAUGAAAAAUUCAGGUUUCUUGGCAAAAAAGCCAAAUUUAUGGCACAGAUCAAUUAUAUCAUGUGGGCCACUGGAAUUGAUGAUGGAGGUUACGAGAAGAAAGUGGGUAAUGGAAAUAAUCAACGACAGAAAGAGUCUUCUCGGUAUAGUAAUUUAUAUAAUGAUGGAAGUCCUUCAUCGAAAUCAAAAUGA